CAUCUCCCAGCUUCGGUUCUCCAAUGGCGAUGAGGCGGUUCAGAAACCGAUCCAACGCCAUGCUCAUUCGUCGCCUCACCUCCCCUCUCUCUCCGCCGCCGCCCAAUCUGCUCCGCCUCCGCCGCCGCGGCCACCACCACCAUCUGGCCGCCUCCUAUAAUCCCAAUCCCUUCCGCGAGGUCUCCGUCCCGUUUUCUCGCGGUCACUCCACGAAGAUCCCGCCUUCCAAGUCCCGCCUCUACGCCUCCUUCUUCUGCACCCUCAUACACCUCUUCUUGACCUGCGGCAGGCACGCCAAAGCCGUGGACGCCUUCGCCGCGAUGCGGAGCCGCGGGAUCGUUCCCGGCUUGGCCUCGUGGAACCGGCUCAUCCACCGGUUCAACGCCUCCGGCUUGGUCUCUCAGGUACGGGCUCUCUACUCCGAGAUGAUCGGCUGCGGUGUUGCUCCUAAUGUCUUUACGAAGAACGUGGUGGUCCACGCUCUGUGCAAAUCUGGGGACGUGAGUUCGGCCCUUGAGUUGCUUCGGAGCGAUUCGGAUGUCGAUACGGUGACUUAUAAUACGGUCAUGUGGGGAUUCUGUAGGCUAGGUUUGGUGCGGGACGGUUUUGGGUUGUGCUCGGCGAUGGUGAGGAGCGGGAUUAGUCUCGAUUCUUUUACUUGUAAUAUAUUGGUGAAGGGGUUUUGUGAUAUUGGGAUGGCAGAGUAUGCUGAAUGGGUCUUGGAAAAUUUGGUCAGUGGGGGGAUUAGCAGGGAUGUGAUAGCUUUGAACGUUUUAAUUGAUGGGUACUGCAAACGUGGCGAUGUGAGUCGCGGACUCGAGUUGAUGGAUGUCAUGAAAGGGCAGGGUUUGUUGGCUGAUAUUGUUAGUUAUAAUACUUUGAUCAAUGGGUUCUGCAGAGCCGGUGAUUUUGUUAAGGCUAACAGCCUUAUUGAAGAAAUUUCUAGGAUUAGUGCUACACAAGAUGGGGAGGGCUGUAGGGAUUUGCAAGCAAACCUCAUUACUUACACUACACUCAUAAGUUCGUACUGUAAUAAUAAGAGCCUCGAUGAAGCAUUCUCCUUGUAUGAGGAGGCGGUCAUGAGUGGGUUUUUGCCCGAUGCUGUUACUUAUGGUUCGAUCGUGAAUGGCCUAUGCAAAUGUAGUAGGUUGAGUGAAGCAGGGAUGCUCUUAGGAGAGAUUGAGGAUAUGGGGAUCGAUCCUAAUCAUAUUUUAUUUGCUACUUUGAUUGAUUCCAAUCUGAAGAAUAAGAAAUAUGCGGACGCUCUUGCACUUGUAAGCCAAAUGGUAGUUCGCGGGAUUGUUUUUGAUGUGGUUGUGUAUACUUCUUUGAUGGAUGGGCUCUUUAAGUUGGGUAAAGUUGAGGAGGCAGAGAAGGUGUUUAGGACUAUGAUGAAUGACGGUCUAGUUCCGAAUUGCAUAACCUAUUCUGCACUGAUCAACAACUGGUCCAAGUUAGGAGAUAUGGAUGUAAUAAAACGGACACUAGAAAAACUGGAAAAUGAAAAUAUUGCAACGAAUUUUAUUACUUAUACUUCCAUCAUAUGCGGCUACAUUAAGAGAGGCAUGUUUGAUGGAGCUGUCAGUAUCAUGAAGGAGAUGGAUCGGCUAAAAAUAUUGCCAAACAUAUAUACUUACGCUACUGUAAUUGAUGGCUUCUUUAAAGGAGGCAGGCAAGAGGUUGCUCUUGAUCUGUACAAUGAAAUGAAAAGAAGAGGUUUGGAAGAAAAUGAGUUUGUAGUUGAUGCUAUCGUGAACAACUUGAAAAGGGAAGGAAAGAUGGAGGAAGCUGAAGAGCUCAUUAAAGAUGUAAUAUCUAAAGGUCUGUUGCUUGAUCGAGUGAAUUAUACAUCUUGGAUGGAUGGCUUGUUCAAGGUAGGGAAGGAGUCCGAUGCCUUAAAGCUCGCUCAGGAAAUGAUGGAAAAAGAUGUUGGGUUGGAUGUUGUUGCAUAUAAUGUGGUGAUCAAAGGUCUUUUGAAGCUCGGCAAAGAUGAACUGGAAUCCGUGUUUGCUGAAAUGAGAGAGUUUGGUUUGACUCCAGACCAUGCUACAUACAAUACGAUGAUAAAAGCAUGUAUCGAGAAAAGGAACUUUGAUAAUGGUCUCAAACUUUGGGAUGACAUGGAGAUCUCGGGGUUAACUCCAAACCUGAUCACAUAUGACAUUCUCGUGAAGGGACUAUGUGAAGCUGGUCUGAUAGAAAAAGCAAUCUAUGUGUUAAACAAGAUGGGCAUCCACGGUUUAUGCCCUACCUUCACUAUGUAUAGGGCUUUGCUAGAUGCAUCCUCAAAAGGCAGGAGGGACGAUGCAGUUUGGCAAAUGCACGAGAAACUUUUAGGAAUGGGGCUUGCACUCAACCAGGCAGUGUGCAACUACCUCAUAAUUACAUUUUGCAGGCUUGGGAUGACCAAGAGAGCCACUUCGGUGUUGGAAGAUAUGAAGAAAAAGGAAAUCCCAUGUGAUAUAGUUACAUACAAUGCCUUGAUUCUUGGGUAUUGCAAGGGAAGCCAUCUGAAUAAAGCUCUCGCUUUAUACUCUCACUUGAUGGUUGAAGGGGUUUCUCCAAAUACUGCGACAUACAAUACUCUUAUGGGUGGUCUGACAUCUAACGGUAAAAUGAGAGAAGCAGAUGAAUUAUUCGUUGAAAUGAAGAGAAAAGGCUUACUUCCUGAUGCUAUGACGUACAACACUUUGCUCACCGGCUAUGGUAAAGUUGGAAACAGAAAGGAGUACAUGAAACUCUAUUGUGAGAUGAUAAGUAAAGGCUUUGUUCCGAAAACCAGCACUUAUAAUGUGCUUAUUAGUGAUUUUUCUCAGGUGGGAUAUAUGGAACAGGCUAGAGAGCUGAUGAAAGAGAUGCAAGUGAGAGGUGUGUCGCCUAACUCUGCAACCUAUGAUAUUCUAAUUUGUGGUUGGUGCGAGCUGUCUGAUAAGCUCGGGCUGGAUAAAGUGUCGAAAAGGUCAUACAAGGCGGAGGCGAAAAGACUACUAACUGAGAUGAAUGAGAAAGGAUUUGUACCAUGUGAAAGUACCCUCUCUCAUAUUGGUAUUACCUUUUCAAAACGUGGGAAACAAGUUGAUGCCGAAAGGUUAUUGAAAGAAUUAUACAAGAGGAGGAGUAUAGAUUGAGUGGACCAUAAUCAGGCGAGUGGAUUCACCAUAUACCUGGACCAUCGACCUCUUUAAUGGCUCAGACAUUCUGUAUACCUUCAGCUUCCAUAGGGUUAACUACAAGAAUGCAGAUGCAACUUCAGCUCUUGCUGGGGACCUGCUGAGAUUAGUACCAUAUUAAAGGUGUUUAAACAUACCUCAGAAUUGGAAUCAUUGCAACUGAGUCUGUGAUUGGACACUGUCUCGGAGCUGCUGGAGGUUUGGAAGCCAUUGCAAUGGUGAAAAUUAUCACAACAGGGUGGCAAUGUCCCACUACUAACCAGUUUAUGUCACUGAAAUCUAACGUACAAACUCUUACUCACUGAUCUUUGCUUUGGUAGAUCAGUGUUAGGCAGCUGGCCGGGGUCUGUUUUGAUCUGUGAGUCUGUGGCAUUCAUUUCAUCAUCUGGAGAAUCCCGAGACCUCUGUGAGUUUGACACUGUUACAAACAAGAAAGGCAUCGGCAGCAAGAAGUGAAUGUUGCCACUUCAAAUUCGUGUGGAUUUGAAGGACGCAACUCACUGGUGGCCUUUUCAGCGUUCAACCCUUGAUGAUGCCGCUAUUGUUACAAAUAACCUGAAGAAUUCAUCUCGUUUGUUUGAGAUCCCAGAAUUAAUUUCUCACCGAGAGCUGCCUUCUGCUAAUAGUCUACAGUGGCUGCAUGCCUUGCGUGCCAUUCGCAGGGUGGUUGGCCUGGUGGUGUAGAUCUCACUCUCAAGUGAUUUGGGGUCCGUGGUCAUAUAUUCGAAACCCCUCAAUUGCUCUGGACCUUGGGAAGCCUCACUUUGUUGACAACGUAAGUUCGACCGUGUGGUGAUGUACGACAAUUCAGCUCGACUCCCAGUUGAUCUGUUGUGGAGCGGUGGUAAGGAGCUCAUAGAAGUAAAAUGGUAGCAAUGGUUCAAACCGAUCAAACGUCGGAGUGGAACUUCUAUGCCGACGCCUAUGGGUGAUUGCCGACGCUAGUCGUCUCUACCUGCCCUUUUUACUUAAAAAAAUAUACUUUUAUUGUUCUCAAGUAAUGAUUGCAGUUCACGUUGCUUAACCGUACAAUCCAUCAUGCAUUGAUAAAAGCAAAAGGGCUAUAAACAAAUUGCUCCAA